AUGUCAUCGGACCAGGAGCGCGAGCACGCCCUCGCCGAGUUUAAAAAGAAGUUAAUCGAGUCCCGAGAGUGGGAAACCAAACUAAAGAACCUGCGUCUGGAGAUAAAGGAGCUACAGAAGGAGUACGACAGGACGGAAGAAAACAUCAAGGCGUUACAAAGUGUUGGUCAGAUUGUCGGCGAAGUGCUGAAGCAGCUUGACGAUGAGAGAUUUAUCGUCAAGGCCUCUUCCGGCCCGCGCUACGUUGUGGGGUGCCGGUCAAAGGUCGACAAGUCCAAGCUGAAGCAAGGGACACGUGUAGCCCUCGAUAUGACGACUCUUACCAUCAUGCGGAUGCUGCCGCGCGAGGUUGAUCCGCUUGUCUACAACAUGUCGCUCGAGGACCCCGGCCAGGUUAGCUUCGCUGGAAUCGGCGGCCUGAACGACCAGAUCCGGGAGUUGAGAGAGGUGAUUGAGCUUCCGCUCAAGAACCCAGAACUGUUCCAGAGAGUUGGCAUCAAGCCGCCGAAGGGUGUUCUCCUCUAUGGCCCACCAGGCACCGGCAAGACCCUGCUUGCGAGGGCUGUGGCUAGCAGCUUAGAAACAAACUUCCUCAAGGUUGUUUCGUCUGCAAUUGUUGAUAAGUACAUUGGCGAAUCGGCGCGGUUGAUCCGCGAGAUGUUCGGCUAUGCCAAGGAACAUGAACCGUGCAUCAUCUUCAUGGACGAGAUCGAUGCCAUUGGCGGCCGUCGCUUCAGUGAAGGCACCAGCGCAGACCGCGAGAUUCAGCGUACUCUAAUGGAGCUGCUCAACCAGCUCGACGGCUUCGACUACUUGGGCAAGACGAAGAUUAUCAUGGCCACAAACCGGCCUGAUACGCUUGACCCGGCGCUGUUGCGUGCUGGUCGUUUAGAUCGCAAGAUCGAGAUUCCCUUGCCGAACGAGGUUGGGAGACUUGAGAUUCUCAAGAUCCACUCUGCCAGUGUGGCAAAGGAAGGUGAGAUCGACUUUGAGAGCAUCGUAAAGAUGAGCGACGGGUUCAAUGGCGCUGAUCUGCGGAAUGUGGUGACGGAAGCGGGUUUGUUCGCUAUCAAGGCUGGCAGAGAUGCCAUCAACCAGGAUGACUUCAACAAGGCCGUUCGCAAAUUGGCGGAAGCGAAGAAGCUCGAGGGCAAACUGGAAUAUCAAAAGCUUUGA